AUGCGACGAUCAUCCUUUGUUCGACGGUGGCUCCGGGUUUUCCGCAAAAUGUUUCACAGGCGCGAUGUCCAACUCAUAGAUUGUCCAGUGUCUGGUGGAACAAAGCGCGCCGCUGAGGGCAGCCUCACUGUGUUGUCAUCUGGACCAGCAGAUGCUUUGUUGAUUGCGCAACCAAUACUGGAGUCCAUGAGUGCAAAUCUGUUCGAGAUUGAAGGAGGACUGGGGGCUGCAAAUAAGGUCAAGCUUAUCAACCAGCAUCUUGCCGGUAUCCAUAUUGCUGCGUCUGCAGAGGCUAUGGGGCUGGCGGCAACUUUAGGAUUGAAUUCGAAAGAGGUCUAUGAAAUCGUAUUAAAAAGUCCGGCACACAGUUGGAUGUUUGAGGAUCGAGUACUCCAUAUGCUUGUUGAUGAUUGGACACCGCAUUCUGCACUUAAAAUCUUCGUCAAAGAUAUGCGAAUUGUUACAUCGGAAGGUCUUCUUCAAAACUUUCCUCUAUAUAUGGCAACUGCGACCGAGCGACUCUAUCAGUUUGCAUCACGGAUUGGUUAUGGUGAAGAAGACGACUCAGGCCUUGUUCGAAUCUUUCUCGCUCAAAGUCCAUCUCUAGUCUCGGCGGCGGUGCAGAACCAGAGAUAUGUACCUGAAAAUGCAUGGGCGUGUGACCUCAUAUGCCAAUUACUCGAAAUCGUCCACACACUCGCUGCGAUCGAGGCUUUGGCGCUUGGACAGGCCCUAAGCCUUUCAAUCAGUAACCUGGUUCAAAUCAUUGGAAAUGCGGCGGAUACUAGCAAGCCCUUCAUAAGGGUCACUGAGGCUUUGGGUGGAACUUCUGCACCUAGAGAUACGGUCGAGCAUCUACGACAUAAACUGUACUUCGCUUCAGCUGUUACAACAAGCUGUGGCCUUUGGCAUGGGAGAAGAAGGAGAAGCAGCACUAUUCAGGCUGUGGACUACUUCAAUUAUGACUCACGAACCAUAACAUAUCACAAAAUACCAGUCCAUAUCACUCUUCAGAAGGAUCACAAACUUGUAAUUCUCGACGAUUAUCCUACUGGAAAUGCAAAAUGUAACUACAUUAAUGUCCAGCACGAAUAG